AUGCUUGUACCCAUACAAGUAAUUGCCAUCAUUCUAGCCUUCAGUUGUCAUGAACAUGUAGCCAUAGCUUCAUUUUCCUUAGUUGUUCCUGUUAAUAAACAUGCCGGUGCAGCCGGUAACGCUCUCUAUAGCGCUCACGCCUAUUUCUACAAACCUCAAUACCCUAACGCUCGUAUUAGCACCACAACCUAUUUCGGCAACGAUCAAUACGUGCAACAAAGUUUGCUUAUAGACAUCGAUGCUCCAUUCAUAUGGCACUCCAGCUUCCCACACCAAGAGAGUUGCGAGGCUUGCCCAAACCCGGUUACAUGCGGAGAGUUUCAAUGCACUGAUUUGCGAACCGCUUUCUCAUAUCAGAGCCCUUCAUGUCCUCUACCAACCAAUCAUUCAAUGUAUGAUGAAUAUAAUGAUUGUGAGGUAUGCCCGGUUAACGUCAUCAGCCCGGUUACAGGAGAGUGUAGCCAAGUCAUACCAACCUUUGACCAAUUUAUGUUCACAAAUAGCUACAGUGGAAGCGGUAUCUUAUCUAGUGAUCUAUAUGUAACGUACCCCAUCACUGGGAGUACUGCUCCUUCGACAUUUGAUCCGUUCCCUUCAAAUGUCCUCGGUGUGAUGGCGCUGUCAUCGUCCCCAUACGCGUUACCAGCGUAUUUGCGCAAUCCAAUUAACCGAAUAAUAGCUUUGUGUUUGCCUAGCAACAUAUCCACUACUGGUGUUCUUUUUCUUGGAAAUGGUCCUUAUUAUAUUGACCAAUCUUAUGUUGAUGCAAUGGGUUUACUUUCAUAUACCAUGUUGGUCAAGCAUCCAAAGUCUUUUGGAUACUUUAUUGGUGUCAAUGCUAUUGUAAUUAAAAGUAAAUCUAUCCUUGUUCCCAACAAUGCCACUACCAAGAUAAGUACACUUGACCCUUACACCAAGCUUCGAACCGACAUCUAUAACGAUGUGGUUCGGAGGUUUUCAAAGGUUACAAAACGAAUCCCACCUGCCAAGUCGGUUACGCCGUUUGGUCUUUGUUUCAACACCUCGGUUAACGGUACUACGGUUGGUAUAAAAGUACCGGAUAUUGAUUUGAUUCUACAGGAGGGGAAGAAGUGGACUAUAUCAACCGCUAACUCCAUCAAGCAAGUGACGGAAGAUGUCGCCUGCCUAGCGGUUGUGGAUGGUGGUCCAACUAGUGAACAUGCAAUCGUGAUUGGAACGCAUCAGUUUGAGGAUAACUUUCUGAUGUUUAAUUUGGAGAAUUCGACUUUAGGGUUUAGUUCCUCGUUGCUACGUAAUCAAACCUCGUGUUCAAAUUACGACUUUUCGGUCGUUUACAAUUGA